AUGGACGCGGGGCGCGGGGGCACGGUGGGUGGCAGUGUGUUUUGGAUUUUUUUUUUUUUUUUUGGAGUUUGGGGAGGGGGCGGGGUGGGGGGGAAAUCGUGCACGUCCCUGAUGGUAGCAGCCCUCCUCCUGCACGGGCACAGAAUGUCUAGCCGGCCGCGAACACCCCCACCGGCACCCCCCCCUUCCCGUGCAUGCGCGGUGCGGGCCAGGGGGAAGGCGCGCCGCCGGCUUGCGCAGGCACGGAACCCGACCGGGCCUCUAAAUGGGCGAGCGGGGAAAGGGUUAAUCCGGGACCUUGCGACGUUUUCGUUGGAGUCUACGGGGCCGCCCCCGGAGGGCCCUGGCCUGCGCACGCGCGCGCACGCGCGCGGGUUGGGGCGCGCGGAGCCCGCGCGCGGGAGAAGGGGGUGGGCGGGGCCGGGGCGGGGCUUAGGAGCGGAGGAGCGAAUGCACGAGCGCCGCUCGCGGGCACCCGCCCCGCCUGCCGCUCCCGCCUCCCGCUCGGACGCCCGAGCUCCCGCCCGCGCCCGGCGCCGGCGCCGGCGCGGCACCGGGGACGCGGGAGCCCGGCGCUCCCGUGCGUGUGCAUGUGCGUGGGCAGUGCCGCCCUCGGGCGCGCGCAGGGCGGGCGCCGCGGCUGCGGGGCUCGCCCGCGAGUCCCAGACGGGCGUUCAGGGCACCCUGCCUUCCGCGCUCGCCGGAGACAGCGAGACGCGCGCUCGCGGGCGUUGGGUCUUAGCGGGUAUCGCCGCCGCAUUUUGUCUAUGGGCGAGUUAUAGGCGCUCAGUAAGCGUUUGUAGAAGAGAUGCAAAGGUGCUAUCUUUUCAUUUGGACUGUAAGGGGCGAUCCCAGUCCCAGAGAGGAAAGGGAUCUCAUACACACACACACCCAAAGCUCGGGAGCCAGUCAGGGACGCGCCCACGCUCCCGCAUCUCCCCGGAAACUCGCAAGGAAACGUCUCAGGGCUGGAGGCCGAAUAGCCCAUCCCUGGCGGUGGAGCCCCUGGGUGAGGCUUCUUUUGCAGCUCGCUCGGAGAACUCUGAUAACUCAGCGCCGUUUCUACAUCCCUGUUGAGCAGAGUAACGACUCCUGAGCUGUGGGAGCAUCAUUGCCUCCCCUCCCUUGCGGUGACGGUGCUGGGGAGUCCCUCCCGCUCCCCCGUUUUCUGCUCAUCUAUGCACAGGAAGCUGGACGCUGCCGCGGCUCCCUCGUGUCGCUUGUGCAGCUUUAUCACACUUGUUUUAACAGUGUUUCGCCAAAACAUUCGUAAUUCACAUCUAAAAAUUAGAGCAGGACCAUCCUUGUGGGCUUGUGCGAUAAUUAACAAAAAUUAAUGCUUGUAACGGGUCCAUCAUACACCUUGAAGAAAUUAUAUUAUGAUUGUGUUUAAUUCCAAAGAAAUUCUGUUCGUCCUGAGGUGAUUUGUUGUACUAAUUGAUGUCGGUUUCAGUGUUUCCAAAGGUGCUUUUCAUACACAUCCUUUUUGAUGUUCACAAAAGCCUGAGGGUUAGUGGGUCUGUUGAAUGAAGAGAGGUAGAAUAGACCAGUUCUAAAGUCAGACAUACUCAGCUCAAAUAUUGGGUAUAUGAUCUAGCUUCCCUAAACCUUACUUCUUGUUCUCUGAUACGAGCAGGAAAUUGUGAGGAUUAAAUGGAAUAAUGCUCAAUUAGGUGAUUAGCUCAAAUACUAGCGCCAUGGUGUUAAGUGACCUGCCAAGUCUGUCUGGAUAGUGGGUUUCAAUGGCAAGAACAGAACCAGAACCACCAGGGGUCAGGUCCACACUAGAUCCCUAGGCAGCCCACAUCCCCUCUGAUGCCACGCUGGGCCAGAUUAUGUGUUUCUUUAGUCACUAAGUGGUGUCUGACUCCUUUGCAACCCCAGACUGUAGCCCACCAGGCUCCUCUGUCCUUGGGGUUUCCCGUAGCUUUUAAGGUUACAUUUCAAUCCUGUCUGUGGUUUUAUAGGGGGAUAACAAAAGCAGUAUAUCAUAGGAUUAUGUUAUCAAGCAAUAAAGCUGUCAUUUCAUUUAGCAAUGUGUGGGCAUAGCUCUCUUAGUUAGGGUUCAUCUGAUGCAACCACUCCCUCCAUACCACUUAAUUGCAUAGCUUUAUACACUCAUUCUGCAUAUAUUGAUUACCUAUCUACUAUGUAAAGACUGUCUCUUGGCAUAUGGCUAGGUAAAGUCUUUCAGGAUUUGACUAAUCUGAUCCAAUUAAAAUGGCUCAGAAGAGUUCUUGAGCAGCAGAAUGCAGUUCUCAAGUGACAGAUCCUUGACAUCUUGAUUUUGCGUUAAUCAUUCUGCUUUUUCAUUUGCUUUUUUGCACUCAUCGCCUGGGCUCUGACCGACUAUCCCUUACUGAAUGGGAAUCAUGGGAUGAGUGUAAACGAAAGAGGAAAUUCUGUGGGCUGGAGGAGGGAGGAGGGGAAGCUACAAAGGAAGUGUCUGACCCACACCUGGCACCUCGCCUUAGCACAGCAACCUUACCUCGGGCCUCCCAGCAUCCCUUAGGCCCUCCAUAAAUACGGGCUGACAGGUAGGUGAUGACUCACGCAGUACUGUAGGGAGUUACAAGGACAUGCUGUGGGGUUGAUGUGGGCUCAGGACCUUUCUGAAACUCACAGAUCUGAGGCCCUUGAAGGAAGUCUUCUGCCUCUCCUGCUCCGAAUGCUGUCACUCUGUGGGACUCUCAAGCCAACAACCAUGCUGGGAACACACUGUUCCUCCCCCUAGGGUGCUCAUGGCUGCCUCCUAACUGGAACCUGCUUGUAAGGCCAGGACCUCCCUGGUGGUUUGGUUAAGAAUCUGCCUGCCAAUGCAGGGGACAUGGUUUUGAUCUCUGGGCUGGGAAGGCAACUAAGCGCUGUGCCACAACUACUGAACCUGUGUCUAGCGCCUGGGAGCUGCAGCCACUGAACCCACACAUUCUGAACCCAUGCAAAGCCUGCAUUCUGGAUCCUGGGCUCUGACCAAGAGACGCCACCACAGUGAGAAGCCUGGACGCCACAACGAAGACCCAGUAUAUCCAAAAAUAAAUAAAAAUCUAAAAAAAAGUAAUUGUAAGGCAGGAGUCUGGGGUGCCAAGGCCUAGAAUGGCUUUGGAACGGCCCCAGAGGGACAUGGGUGAUGUUAGAUCAUUUGCAUGGAGUUGAUUCUCUGUUACACUGACCUUGGGCCCUCUGAUCAGUGGAAGAUGUGCAGAAAAGUGGGCGCCAUAUGUUCUGAACAGAGGCUUUGAGAAGCGGCUUGUGUUCCCCUCUCCCGCCUAGGUUUGUGUGGUCGUCUGUGAGGACUGGGCCUAGGUUGCCACUGUUUCUUUUGCCUGGGCCCUCAAAUGACAAGCAGGCCUCAGAGAAGGAAGCUGACCUGAAACCCAAACCCUGCCAAGCCCAGGCAGGCGACAGCUCAUCCACAAACUCAUGAGUGAGAAAGAAACGCUUGCUUCCUUAGGUGCCGGAAGGCUGUGUUUUAUACUUGGUCAUUGCAGCCAAACGUAAAACACCUGCACAAGGAAAAGUGUCCCGCCAAGUACCAGGAGCACUCUCCCCCUGCUGCUCGGAAAACACUGCACACGGUACAUGCAUCGGAAGCAGACCUAAUCCCGGAUGAUGCGGAGCUUUGUAGAUACAAGAUUUAACUGAGCCCUUGCUAUGGACAUUUCUUGCUGCCCAUUUUGGCUGUGCUGGGCCAGGGAAUUCCCUCGGUGGAAUGAAUUUCUAGGGAGGUUUAUUCUCAUUUUCGAGAGGAAGAGAAGAACAGGGUAUCCUCAGGAAGUGCCCCUUGGAACUUCUCUGUCAUACCUGACCUCUGAAGAGAGAACCUAAGCUAACAGCAACCUUUCAGGUGGGAGGGGUGAAUCAAAAAAGUUCCGAACAUCUUCCAAGGUAAGGAGCAUAAGGACAAGCUUUGCUUUGCCCAUGGGGAAAAACUGUUGCACAAAGAUGGGUUGGCUGCCACCAAAUGACCCUGCAGUCUCACUCCUGGGCAUAUAUCCAGAGAAAAUCAUGGCUCAAAAAGACACAUGCACCCCAGUGUUCACUGAAGCACUGUUUACAAUAACCAAGACACAGAAGCAACCUAAAUGUCCAUCAACA